AUGAACUCAUCAACCCCGACACCUUCUCCUCCACCGGAUUCUACCUCCGGCGAUACCGAACCAUUCCUCCUCCGUACUCGCCGCUCCAUCAGCCGCGCACCACCUCCACCACUCCGCACCGCCGCUCGUUUCUUCCGUCGCGCUAGCUCAGAGCGUAUGAUGCUCCGUGAACCAUCGUUGCGUGUCCGAGAGAGGGCGGCGGCGGAGGUGGAAGAGCGGCAGAGUGAGUGGGCUUACUCGAAACCGGUGGUGACAAUUGACGUGGCGUGGAACUUGUCGUUCCUCGUUGUUAGUGCUGUCGUUUUGAGUGGUAGCAGGAAUGAGGAGCCUCGUGUGCCUCUUAGGGUGUGGAUUUUGGGUUACUUGUUGCAGGGAUUGGUUCAUUCUUUGUUUGUUGUUUUGGAGUUCAGAAGAAGGGGGAGGAAUAACCAUUUUGAAGAUUCUUCUUCUUCGAGUUUCAGUUCUGAGAGUGAUUCUGAUGUUGCUUCAGAACAGUUUUCGGAGAAUCGUGAAAAUAGUAUCUUCAAGUGCAUAGAGUCAGUAAAUACCGUUCUAUCAUUCGUAUGGUGGAUUCUUGGAUUCUACUGGGUAACUGCUGGUGGUCAGAGUUUGACAAGUGAUUCACCUCAACUUUAUUGGCUCUGUAUCACAUUUCUUGCUUUCGAUGUUGUGAUUGUUGUGAUCUGUGUUACUGCUGCGUGUCUCAUUGGAAUCGCUGUUUGCUGUUUUCUUCCAUGCAUACUUGCUAUUUUGUAUGCCGUGACUGAUCAGGAAGGGGCAACCAAGGAAGAGAUUGACCUGUUGCCAAAAUAUAAGUUCAGAAUGAUAAAGGAAUUCAAGAAAGAAGGUGAUGCCCAAGAACCAUCCAGAGGAGUGAUGACAGAAUGCGACAGCGAUUCAGCUUCUGAGCAUAUUAUUGCCCUAGAAGAUGCAGAAUGCUGUAUCUGUCUUUCGGCCUAUGAUGAUGGAGCUGAACUUAGAGAACUUCCUUGCAACCACCAUUUUCAUUGCACAUGCAUUGACAAAUGGCUGCUCAUCAAUGCGACCUGCCCUCUCUGCAAGUUUAACAUUUUGAGCACUGAUAACCUCCAAGUUUGA